AUGGAUCAGCUGGUUCCAGAGAUCGUGUCGGAGGAGCCCACCCUCAAGGAAGAAGACCCUGCAGAGGCUGAGCAGGAGGCUGCGAAGCCCAAGACGCAGAAGCGCUGCCGCCGCAGGCGGCAGCCACGCUAUAGCCCAAGUGGUCUGUCCUGCCGUCGCACCUACGAGAGCUUCGCCAUCUACUUCCCCAGGGUCCUGAAGACUGUCCAGGAGGGCAUGAGCCUCUCGAAGCAGGCCUUGUGCGUCCUGGACUCGUUCGUGGAAGACAUCUUCGAGCGCAUCGUCCGGGAGGCGGCGAAGCUGACCCAGGCCAGCAACCGGGUGACCAUUACGUGCCAGGAGCUCCAGGCGGCUGUGCGGAUGCUGCUGCCACGAGAGCUUGCCAGGAACGCUGAGAAAGAAGGUACCAAGGCCGUCCUCCGCUACACCGAAAACAGAUGA